CCCCCCCCGUCCCGUCCCCGCCACCCCACUUCGGGCCCGGGAUCCCCACGGGGCUUCGGGCUCCGAUCGGGAGCACCCGGACUGCCACCGAGCCGCCGAGCAGCUGUGUCACUUGCUGGGACCUGGCCCGGCUGCCCGACUCGCGGGGCACCUCCCCGGGAACCUCCCGGGCCUCCGCAGCCGGGCGCUUGCCCGGGGAGGGAGCCCGAAAUCUCAUGGCAAAGGACGGCGUUAUUCCCUCCCUUCCAUGGGUCCGUGCUGCUUGGGGGGGGGAAGCACCAAACCCGAUUCUUUUUGUGAUGCAGAGGAGGAAACCGCACAUGCUCUGUGUCCAAACGCUUUGCUGUUUGUUCUCUAUAUCAGCUUUAGAUUUCUUUAGAAUAUGUGUUUAUAUGGUAUUGGAUUUGGCCUUGUGUUAACCUUGUGAAAUGAGUUCGGUAGAAGGGUUUUGUCGUGUUGUAUGGAUCCUUCUCCGUUCGAUGCAAUCCUUAGGACUUGCCUGUUGGUAAAAAUGAGCUCGCUUUCCUGUUUGUGACUUCCUAUUUUUUUGCCGAGCAUUUCUCCCCUUAAAUACAUGCAUGGCUGUUCCUCAUCUCUGGCCAGUUACUGAAUCCUAGUAAUAAACUCCAGAGGUGUUGUUAAAACACUGCAUCUAAAACGCUGUUUGCCACUUCCAGUGUACGUGUUUUUGUUUCAGUGCAGGAAGUGUGUAAAUAUCCUCUCAAAUUCUCCAGUUUAUUAAUCUUCUGCCGAGCCUGUUGAAUUUGUAGGAGCCCGUUGAGUAUUGGAAAUAAUUCCGUGCUGUAUUCAAGCUGUUCUUACUUAAAUGAUCCCCCUAACACUUUCCUUCAGUGUAGAAGACAUCAGCAGAACUGAAUUUUAGUAUGAGGGCAAAGCAAUCCUUGCUGCCUUUUUUUUUCUAGGUUGAUGGAUUUUUACUUCCAUUUUGUUUUUCUUCUGGAUGUGUAGGGCUAGCUCAGUUUUAAGGUCAUCCGCUGUGCAUGGAUGGUUAUUAGGAUGCAUAGAAAGGCUCAAGAAACUUUGUGGGGUAUUUUUGAAGAACAAUAUCUGAGCAAAAGGUGCAAAACUCAAGUUCCUGUAGCCUCCAGUGGCCCUGCAACUGAAAUAAUACAGCAAGGCUCAUCCAUUUCAGACAGAGCUUGGAGAACUGUCACUGCAGCGUUAAGUUUGCUGGUGACUCGUGCCUGCAGAGUUUCUGAGGGAAGGAGCUAUUUCAAGAGCUGUUUUCAUGUGAGCAGGCUGGAUCUUGACUGUGAUCUGUAGCUAAUUUGUGUGCAUCCUCACCAGCUCUUGGAGCUGCAGGUUGAUACCCGCCUGCUGCGCUCCCAGGGCUGUGUCUUGAAAUGCCAGAAGCUGACCCGUGUUAUUCUUGAAUUUAUUCAGCAUUUACCUGAAAAAUCUAAUUGUAUGGGAUUACUAACUUGCUAAGGAAUUUCUGUGCACAGCCUACUCCAGAAUUUAAUUUCUUCUCCUCCCCUUAGGACUUCAUGUCCAAGAAUUCCUGCUUUUCUAGAUUUUUGGAAGUUGGAUGUUGAAUAUUAUUAGGCCUGUCUGUUCUUGGAGCAAAGCCAGCCUAUUCCUUGCACUUAUCCCUUGUACUUAAACAGGUUCUACUGACCUCUGGAUGGCUCUCCCUGCUCUGUCCAAGCAGUUUUUUGUACAUGAGCUCUUUCAGCUAUGUUAUUGAUUAUAUUUGCAUAAAAACUCCCUAAUUCCCCAUCCUGCCAACUUUAGCUUCUCUUACCUCUUUACCAGAGAGGGAAUGCUCGAGGGAGUAAUAAGCUUUAGGAUCCCAAAUGUGCUUGUAGGUGCUCUAGAAAUGUGUGUAAUAAAGAGCAGCUACUGCUUUACCUGAACGCAAGAGGACACACACUGACAAAAGUGGAGAGAAACCAAAGCUUUGACUGCUUGUUUUGUGUGUGAUAACUUACUGAACUGAACUGAUUUAUUUGCUUAACUGUAAACCCCUCUUCAUCCAUUUGGCUUUAGUUCAGAUGCCCAGUUCAUUCUUUGUUAUACUAAAUCUUGAAAUGUCAAUACAGUAUCAAGCUCUGCUACUCUGUAACCUACAUGGUCUUAGAGACACAGAUCCAGGAAAUUCCCUUUUGUUGUUUAUAUUUAGUGUUGGUAACAAUGGUUCGGAUCAUACGUGGCACUUGUUCUUUCAGGUUUUUUACUGAAACUUAGAAAGAAUCUGUCCUGAUUAUAGCUAAAAAUACUGCUUUUUAUUGUGCUGAAGGAUAUUUGAAUUUCAUUUACAACACCCUGUUCUGCUGCUUCUCCCAGAUCUCUCUAAUAAUUCAUCAGUCUUUAGGAAUUAAGUGAGGUAUGCUUAUUGCAGACAUAUUUAAUAUGGGAACUAAAGAGUUGCUGCCCAGCUGAGUGAUCUGUUUUUCUCUGAUUAACAAAAAUAAUCUCAAAAAGAAGAGCAGAAUAAACAGAAGGUGAGUAGGGAAUUUUAUGUUUCAGAUCAUGUUAACAUUUAAGUAACUGUACACAGGACAACUCAGUUUGGGUAUCUAACGUAAAUUAAAGCUAAAGUGAAGUUUUCCUCAGUAUUAUAAAAACUUGGAAGCUAUAAAAUCUUAAUUUCCUUCCAAUGUGGUUCUUAACAGGUGAAAAGAGAAGUAGUGCAGAGCCAGCUCUCAAGAAUGGCGCAGUUGACGUGCAUUGGCUUAGGGGACAUCUCUGAUAGAAUGGACUCCCGAAGCAUUAUUCUCUAACUAUCCCUACAGGAUGGAAGAAGUUAGUGUUAUCCAGCAUUCCUGCUGAGUAUAUAACUUACUGCCACUUCUGAUCUUUGAAGAGAGAUUUAUCGCUUCCUGUGGCAAUACUGAAUACUCAAAAGAGUGAGUUCUGACCUCAGGAGCUGCAUGAAGAAUAGCCAGCAUGAAGAGAACAAAUCAGUCCAGGCAGAAGUGCAGAAGCGUCAAGAACAUAAAUCAGGAAGGUGAAAUGGAAGGUGAGGCAGUCGACGCUAUUGUGGAGGAAUCAGAAACUUUCAUUAAGGGAAAAGAGAGGAAAACUUAUCAAAGACGCCGUGAAGGUGGACAAGAGGAUGAUGCUUGUCAUAUACCACCAAACCAAGCAGAUGGAAGUGAAGUGGUGCAGGAUGUCAGCAGUGGGGUGCAGAUGGUGAUGAUGGAUCAGCUGGAUCCAACUCUUCUUCAAAUGAAGACCGAAGUAAUGGAAGGUGCAGUGUCUCAAGAAACUGAGGCUACUGUGGAUGACACACAGAUCAUAACACUUCAGGUUGUUAAUAUGGAAGAGCAGCCUAUAAACCUUGGUGAGCUUCAGCUGGUCCAAGUACCUGUACCAGUGACUGUACCUGUUGCCACCACGUCUGUGGAAGAACUGCAGGGAGCUUAUGAAAAUGAGGUUUCCAAAGGAGGCCUGCAGGAGGGAGAGCCCAUGAUCUGUCACACCCUGCCUUUACCAGAAGGCUUCCAAGUUGUGAAAGUGGGUGCAAACGGUGAGGUGGAGACACUGGAACAAGGUGAACUUCAGCCACAGGAAGAUCCCAAUUGGCAAAAAGAUCCAGACUAUCAGCCACCAGCCAAAAAAACAAAGAAAAACAAAAAGAGUAAGCUUCGCUACACUGAGGAAGGCAAAGAUGUGGAUGUCUCUGUAUAUGACUUUGAAGAGGAGCAGCAGGAGGGUUUGUUGUCCGAGGUUAACGCAGAAAAGGUGGUGGGCAAUAUGAAGCCACCAAAACCGACAAAAAUUAAAAAGAAAGGUGUAAAGAAGACAUUCCAGUGUGAGCUGUGCAGUUACACUUGUCCUCGUCGUUCCAACCUGGACCGCCACAUGAAAAGCCACACCGAUGAAAGACCACACAAGUGCCAUCUCUGUGGCAGGGCUUUCAGGACAGUCACAUUGCUGAGGAACCACCUCAACACUCACACAGGUACUCGCCCUCACAAGUGCCCAGACUGCGACAUGGCCUUUGUGACCAGUGGAGAGUUGGUUCGGCAUCGCCGCUACAAACACACCCACGAGAAACCAUUCAAAUGUUCCAUGUGUGACUAUGCCAGUGUGGAGGUUAGCAAAUUGAAACGCCACAUCCGCUCGCACACUGGCGAGCGCCCGUUCCAGUGCAGCCUGUGCAGCUAUGCCAGCAGAGACACCUACAAACUGAAGAGGCACAUGAGGACCCACUCCGGAGAGAAGCCAUAUGAAUGUUACAUCUGCCAUGCUCGCUUCACUCAGAGCGGUACCAUGAAGAUGCACAUUUUGCAGAAGCACACGGAGAAUGUGGCCAAAUUCCACUGUCCUCACUGUGAUACUGUUAUAGCGAGAAAGAGUGACCUGGGUGUCCACUUGCGGAAGCAGCAUUCCUACAUUGAGCAGGGCAAGAAGUGUCGCUACUGUGACGCUGUGUUCCAUGAGAGGUAUGCCCUCAUCCAGCAUCAAAAGUCCCACAAGAACGAGAAGCGCUUCAAGUGUGACCAGUGUGAUUAUGCCUGCAGACAGGAGCGGCACAUGGUCAUGCACAAACGGACCCAUACUGGAGAAAAGCCUUAUGCCUGUAGCCAUUGUGAUAAAACCUUCCGCCAGAAGCAGCUCCUCGACAUGCACUUCAAGAGAUACCACGACCCCAACUUCGUCCCUGCUGCCUUUGUCUGCUCCAAGUGUGGCAAAACAUUCACUCGCAGGAACACAAUGGCCAGACAUGCUGAUAACUGCUCUGGCCUAGAUGGUGGGGAAGGAGAGAAUGGAGGAGAGACAAAGAAAGGCAAACGUGGCCGAAAGAGAAAGAUGCGUUCUAAGAAAGAAGAUUCUUCUGAUAGUGAGGAAAAUGCUGAACCAGAUUUGGAUGAUAAUGAAGAUGAGGAGGAGACAGCAGUAGAAAUUGAAGCUGAACCAGAAGUUGAGCAAGAGGCUCCUGCACCACCUCCCAGUAAGAAAAGAAGAGGAAGACCACCAGGCAAAGCUGCUGCGCAACCAAAACAAUCCCAGCCUGCAGCAAUCAUUCAGGUUGAAGACCAGAACACUGGUGAAAUUGAAAACAUUAUAGUUGAAGUGAAGAAAGAACCUGAUGCAGAAACAGCAGAGGAAGAGGAGGAAGCUCAGCCUGCUGUAGUGGAAGCUCCCAAUGGAGACCUCACCCCUGAGAUGAUUCUCAGCAUGAUGGACCGGUGAUGGAGGAAGACCACGUUGGCUGACUGAACUGGCCUGGGCUGUGUUUAAGCGGCUCAAAUCUAUUUUUUUCCUUUUAAUCUUUUUUCUUGGCUUUGGGAAGUGCAUCAUUUUAGACCAUUUUACCAAACAUACUGGGAAAUAAAACGAUGUUAGAAUGUGAUUUAACUAGAACUUGCUGUUUUAUGUUAGCAUUACAGGAUCAUGGAACAUUAGGAAAUAUUUUGGAGUCCUUGAGGGUUUCCUCUGAGAUGCUUGAUUUAGUUUUGCUCUGAACUGCAUUGUAAAGCUGGGCACCAAGUUUUAAUAUACAAAAGUGGAAGCCUUGACUAGAGUAUGUGGAAAACCACUCCGGACUUGCCCUUCCAGUUCCCAGAGUCCUUGAGCCUCUUCUCUCAGUAGUGUUUUUAACUGUAAAUGCAGACUUGGGAGGGUUCUAGACUUUUGAAAUGUUUUUUUGGUUGGUUUUUUGUUUUUUGUUUUUUUGUUUUUGCUUUCUCCCACUGAGUAGCUCCGGUUCUCCAAGUCGGCUGCACAUGGUAGUUUUGGCAUGCUCCAACUGGUUUCUGUCCUUAAUAUGCUUUGCUUUCUGCAAAGCAUUUCUGUAAUGGUCAAGCUUGUAAAUAACUUUUUUUUUUUUACAUUUUAAUCUUUUUCCAUUAAUUAAGAGGUAUGCAAAAAUGCAGUUUAAAGAAACCCCAGUAUUCUAAUCCCUUUCAAACUAAGUGACAAGAGAAUUGAUAGAGUGUAAAUGUUGGAAAAGCUGUUGAUAAGGUAGAGAAAAUAUGUACCCAAACUACUGCUUGCAGAACAAGAGAAACCCACAUGUGAAAUCUGGUUUUGAAGCACAAAAAAAAUGUAUUUUAUAGAAUCUUAGACUGGCUUGGGUUAGAAGGCACUUUUACAGACCAUCUAGUUCUACCCCCCUGCCACAGGCAGGGACACUUUUCACUAGACCAGCUUCCUCCAAGCUCUGUCCAACCUGGCCUUGAACACUUCCAGGGAUGAGGCAGUAAGUUUCUCUGGACAACCUGUUCCAGGGCCUCACCACCCUCACAGGGAAGAAUUUCUUCCUAAUAGCCCAUCUAACCCUGCCCUCUGUCAGUUUGAAGCCAUUGCCUGUUGUCCUGUCUCUCCAUUCCCUUGCCAAAAGUCCCUCUCCAGCACUCUAGUAGGAUCCCUGCAAGGUUCUGUAAGGCCGCAAUCAGGUCAUCCCCAAACCUUCUCUUCUCCAGGCUGAAUAACUCCAGCUCUCUCAGUCUUUCCUCAUAGGAAUGGUGCUCCAUCCCUCAAAUCGUGUUUGUGGCCUCCUCCAGACUCGCUCCGACAGCUCGAUGUCCUCCUUGUCCCAGGGACCCCAGAGCUGGAUGCAGCACUGCAGGUGGGGUCUCACCUGAGUGGGGCAGAGGCACAGAAUUCCCCCUUCCUGCUGCCCACAGGGCUCUGGAUGCAGCCCAGCACACACAGCUGGGCCAUGUCCAGUCUCUCCCACCAGCUCCCCCAGGUCCUUGUCCCCAGGGCUGCUCUGGAUUUGUUCAUUCCCAGCCCGGAUUGAUCCCAAGGGUUACCCCAACCCAGGUGCACCACCUUGCACUGGCUCUUGUUAAGCCUCAUGAGAUUCCUAAGGGCCAGGUCCCUCUGGAUGGCCCUGUCCUUCAGGUGUGUCACUGCACCCUAAGCUUGGUGUUCCCAAACGUGCUGAGGGUGUACUCCAUCCCUUCAUCUAUGCCAUUAACGGUGAUAGUGAAUAACACUGGUCCCAGUAUGGACCCCUGAGGGGCACCAGUCACUGCUGUCCAUCCAGAGUCUGAGCUGUUGACCACUGCCCUCUGGAUGUGACCGUCCAACCAAUUUAAAACAUAUAAUUAACGUUUUUGAGUUAUAAUUUCACAAAUACAUUUUCUUUGCUCUAUCUUGUAGUUGUAUUUUGUGUUUAUGAAUCCUAUGUUAAGACAAAAGUGGUGAUUUAUGAGUGGGUCACUGCAGCCCUCAACCUGGGCCAGGAAAUUUUAUUAAUAGGUCAGUAAUUCUACAAUUUUUGAAUCUCUGAUAAAGACAAAAAAAGGAAUAAUGUGAAAUACAAAUGAUGCCUGUAUAUGAAAAUGUCACAUGUUAAAAUAUGUAAGCUUUUUAUAGAGCCUCAGUCUUGCUGAUUUCAAACAAAUUUUUCUUCUAUGUAUCGCUUUUAAGAGAGCUAUCAGUUUAGCUAUCAGACUCUAGGUUGAUGCAUUUUUGUACUUAGCUGUACUGUGUGAUAUUUUUCAUUAUUUUAGGAAGCCAACAUGGGAAAAAAAUACUGUUAUAAAAUAUGUAAUGGGGUUUGAAAGCUGGGAAGGAGAAUAUACUGCUGUACAGCUAAUAAAUAAUAACGGAUUAACA